CACCCUUCCCGCGAGCACGAGCGGGCCGGGCUCUCGCGAGGGUAUAGGCCUUUGUUAAAGCCGGGCCUCUGACUCACCUUUCUCUCUUCUUCACGCCGGCGGAGGUGGAGGAUGCAGGCGCCCACCGGGGCCAAAGGUGCUUCGUGGAGGGGCCGCCCUGGCUACAGUGUUGCCGCUUGGAAAAUGUGAACGGUUAAAACCCAUUUGCCUUAGGAAAUAGGCAGGCACUGAGCUCCAGAGGAUGAGGGCUUCGAAAGCCUCGGAAAAUUGAAAGUUAACAUAUGGUUUUGCAGUAUCAGGUAGGAAAAAUACAAGCUGGGAUGAUCUGAUUCUGAGACACCUCCAAAAACCUUUAAUCCACUGCUGUAUAAUUCACAAGGUGUGAUCAUAACAUCAGACUAGUUUUUUUCUUGUGGGAACAGAGAAGUGACCCUAGUGGAACAUGCUUCAUUAUACAGAAAAAAGUUCUUUGAAGGUCCCUGAAUCAGUAUUGUAGUUGUAGAAUCUAGAAAAGCAUGUUUCCUGGUGGUAUAAAAAUGAGUGACCGUUACUUAGAACAAAGAAUUCAUAUCAAACUUUGUGUAAAGCUAAACAAAUCUGCCAGUGAGACACUUGAAAUGUUAAAAGAAGCUUAUGGAGAUGAAGUAAUGUCGAGAGCGAGAGUUUUUGACUGGCACAAAAGGUUUAAGGAGGGUAGAGAUGAUGUCCACGAUGAUGCACGGAGUGGGCGCCCAGUCACCCACAGAACCAAUGAAAAUGUUGAAAAGGUCAGAGAUUUGGUUCGUUCAAACAGCCGAUUAACUGUGAGAAUGAUGGCUGAAAAGUUAUCUUUAGAUAAAGAGACAGUUAGACUUAUUUUGAAAGAGAAUUUGAAUAUGAGGAAAGUUUCUGGGAAGAUUGUGCCUUGUAUGGUUUCAGUAGAUGAUGCUGGUGAGGGAGAGCUAAAGUAGAGGACUAACAAUCUUCCAUUGGAGUUUGUAGGAUUCAUUUAACUUCAGAGGUUUUGCCUUAUUCAUUGCUAUAGAAAUUUAACCUACAAUAAUGUGACCAUCUUCAAACAUUUUCAUUAGGUGUUCUUGGUAUGAAAUGUGAAGGAAGGUAGAAAGAUGAAAGCAAUGAUAUGUUGGUGUUGGCACCUCAGAGGAAGAACCAUUUUGUUUUUUUUUAAUGCAUGGGAUGGUUUUGCUUUAUAUCUGAAAGGUAGGUAGCUAGUUGGUAGUUCAGGGGGGAAGCAGGACUUGUGCUGUAUCAUGUAAUCAUCUUAAAACAGAAGAGUAAGGAAGAUUAGAACAAAUUCACCAAGUAGGUAGAUGUGGGUUGGUGUGAGGGUGGUGGGUGUAGAAAGUGUGGUUGGCAGAGAAGGAAUGAGGCUCACCUUAACAGGAUAAUGAUGCAAGCAAACCAGCUAGAGUAGAGCACUAUGAAAAGGAUUUCGGAAAAAGGUAGAGAAUGCUCUGGCAAAAAAAGAUUGUAAUUUUAGUUUGAAAUUCAGUCUAUCUUAGUAGACCAUUGCUAAUAUAAAUUUCCAGGUUAUAGAUGUUUCCAUAAGUUACUUGGAUCUAAAAUCUUUUCUGAUACCUCUUAUCAGGUAAAUGAAUUUUAUUUAAUGGGAAGAUAAUUCAGCAUUUAUUGGCAACUAAUAUUUUGUUCCUUCAUUGAUAGCAGAAGGCCUAAACUUUUCUCAGCUGAAAAUGCUAAAUGACAAUGCUGCUAUAAUUGUUGAUGAAGCCACAGAAAUUUUGUGGUUAGUAAUUAAUACCAUAUAUUUGUCCUUUCUAAGAUUGAUAGAUUGUAAGGUUCUUGAGGUCUAAAACUAACUUACUGAAUUUUCACUAACCCCAUUAUUUUAAAAUUUAAUAAUUAAAUGUGAAAUUUAUUUGGGAAGCAACCUGCAAUUUUGGAAAGGAAAUGGAAAGGAUGAAUAUUCAGUCCCUGAAUGUUGUGGGUUACUGUUGUAAAUUGUUGUAUUUCAGAUGAAGAGGACUUAAACUUAUAGCAACAGCAGGAAACACUAGAAAUUAGUGUUAGUUUUAGCCUUCAGGUAAAUGGCUUAUACUGAAAUGCUAAUGAUUCAUGACUUUUUCAUUACACCAAUAGCAUUAGUUAAUGGCCUCCCUAGAGCUUCACUAAUAGAUCAACAGAAUAUCUAGGGAGUGUUGUAAAAUUACAUUAGGUCCAUUAGGGAUUGAACUUCAUUGGAAAACAGCAACAAGUAGCUGGGGUUUAUGAGGAAAACAGGAUUUUAAAAUACAAUUUAGGAAAGAUAACACAGCAAUAAAGCCUACAAUCCAAAACAGUAAAAACUAACAAAAAUAAUUGUUUAUUGUUUUAGCUAGAAUUUGUUUUGUUGGCAAUGUUAUUAUAUAGAGUAUAUAAAAUUAAUGGCUGGAUUUCCAAGAAACCAUAAACUGCUUUGAACUUGUCUAUCUGUAUAUUUAGUAUCUUUGCUAGAUUUUACUCCACAUCUUCCCUAACAAGGUGCAAUACUGUUAAUGAUGGUGAUUUUCUUUUUUAAAGAUUUCAAGCUUAAUAAAGAUUUUGUUCAAGGAUUGAAACACUAGGAAAAUGACAUUUUCUAGACUGUCAUUAUAUCACUACUAACCUCUUGGUUUAGAGCCUUUGAGCUCUUAUCCUCUUACAUCUAGUUAAUGGCAUUUACCUAUUUCCUAAUUGCCUUCAUUUAAACUAUAAAAUCUAUAUGUUCUUUUGGUAAAGACCAGGUGAAAGUAAAUGUUCUUCCCCCUCAGCUGUGUUAACAAAACUAGCCAUUGUCCUAAAUAAUGCUGUCCCUCUUAUUUCUGUCAAACCCAUGUCACUUAGCCUCUCUAGACUUAACUAUGCAUCUUGAAUAAACUAUCCCCUUUUUUCACCCAGUUACAAAUUUAUCCUUAGUAUUUAAUAGCCUUUGCAAACAUCUCUACAACUAUAGUUGUAUGCAUGUCUAUGUAUGUUCUAUUAGUCCAUAGCCAUUCUAAGAACUGGCACUGAUGUAAUUUCCUAUAAUGUCUAUGUAACAUUGUGUACAGUGAAUACUUAGUAUUAACUUUCUUUUUAUAAUGCACAAUUUGCAGCUAUGACUAGGCCUAUUCAUGACAUAUUCGUGGUGCCUUCACUCAAGAUUUGUGUUUGUGUCAGGCCUAUUAAAUGUAAUAAAUUUGAGCUUACACACUAAUUUAAACUUAAUUUGGCACGGAACAGUUGGCUGCUGGUUUUAUCUUGUUGCCAAAGGUUGUUGAAGUUAGUUCAAAUCUUGCAAUAACUAGAUAUCGUGUGGUUUACCAUGAGUGAAUGAUUCAAUUUUUAAAGUCCUGUGUCCAAGGCACUGAGCUAUCCUUAUCUUAAGGAUGAUGAUAUUGACAAGUAAAGGAAAAUUAUUGGAAUAAUUUGAGGCUUGAAGUGCUUACUCUAGUUAUAGAGUUAUUGGGUAACUAUUGAGGGAUGAGUAUGGCAAUCUAUCCCAUAGCCUUUAUUAUAUACAAAGUAGUGUCCAUUCACUACUAAGCCUUAGUAUAAAUGACCCUUCGUGCUACUGUCUUAAAACAACAUAAUCUGGUCAUUUUAGGUUUUCACUGCCACAUCUUUUAACUGGUUUAGGUGCAACCAUUUUUCAGUCAGGGACUUUUUACUUAGCACUAAUAUAUUUGUCAUAUUCUAAACCUGUUAAAUCCAUGUAGCUCAUGGAAACAGUUUGUUUAGGAACUAAUUUACAUUAAGUUCUGUACUUUUUCAUAAUUACAUGAACUUUUUUUUCAUAUUAAGACUGAUACCUAUUGCUAGUGAUAUUGCUGUUCUUUUAUAGCUUAGAUGCCUGUUACACACUCCCAAAAUUUGCUUUUUGGGAAGAAGAGAGCAUGGAAACCCUGAAGUUCUGUUUAAUUGUAACAAAAUAAAAAUAAAGG